AUGCGCAUCUCAACCUUUGCUGUCACCGCGCUCGCGAGCUCGGCGCUAGCGCUCCCCUCCGUAACGUCGCCUGCCCCUCGCGAGGAAGAUAGAACCUGCAUGACACGCGAUGAAGCAAAGGAGAUGGUCGACAUCUACGCGCGCCUCAUCGCCAACUACAAACCCGAGGACUGCGAGAGGUACUGUGCGUCUGACUUUGUCGAUCGGUCCGACAGCAUCAACGCCUUCAUCUUCAAGCCUCUGGGCGAGCCGACGUUUGCAACCAAAGAAAUCUUCAUGCAGGCGCAGCUGUCCAACCCGCCGUUCCCCGUGGUGAUUGACGCCAUCGACGCCGUCGACUGCGGGGUCAUCGCCCUGCGCUGGCACGCCACUUUCGGCGCGGCCAACCUGCCCAGCCGCGGCAUCACCAUCAUCGGGACGACCAAGCGCGAGGGCUGGUGGCAGAUUAGGAGCCUGGAUGUCGAGUUCAACAGUCUGGUCUGGCUGCUCAAUAUGGGCGGCAACUACACCUGGGAGGGUUGA